AUGUGCAGAAAGUCCACAUUUUCGGAAUUGUAUGAAAUUACUGCAUUAUGCAAUAUACUUAAAUGUAACAUACGGAGUAUUUAUCCAAAAAUUGAUCUUCGAGAUCAUACAGCCAUCGUGAAUAACACGUUUAUGCCUCUUCUACCUACUAUUGCUAAUUGCGAAAUUACAAUAUUGUGGUCACAUACCUUGAACGAAAACGAGGUAAGAAUUAAAAAUAAUUCAACAUGGAGCCCCAAUCAUUUUGUUCCACUUAUGUCACGAUUGAUUCAACAUGAGCGUGAUAAUAAUAACCAAUUAGCGUCAGUUCUUGCGACUCCUGAAAAGAAAACAUUUAAAAACAAUGCUGCUAUCCAGAUACGAAUUCCUGAGUUUCAAUCAUCUCCUAGCAGACGUUUACGAAGUGAAAUUAACAUAGACACUGAUUCUUCUCAAUCGAUCAUGUCUGAUACAAUGUUGUACGAUCAGAAUGAUAAAGAAGAACAACGUCAAAUUCGUCUUGAAAACAAAAGAGAACGAGUUCGAUCAAGUCGACUGAACGCAACCGAAGAAGAGCGCCAAAAUCGACUGAGGGGAGAGAGGCACCGCAGUCAAACUAGUCGAAAGAAUCAAACAGAAGAACACCGUCUUAAUCGACUCGAACAGCAAAGAAAACGAAGUCAGGCAAACAGAGAAAAAAAGAAAAAUGAAAAACGCAUGUCCGAUAAUAUUAGUAUUCAACAACAAACUACUCAGAUGCAAUCUGCUGGAGCGGAAGAAGUCACAUUACAAGAUGGUAUUAAUACAUCUCAUUCUACAUCAAAUUCAAAUAUCUUACCGAAAAUUAGAAAUUCGACUUCUUCUUGGCCUGAACCAAUUUCUCGUGAUUUGAAAGAAGGAUGUCUCAAAAAAUUUCUUCAUCGAAUGUUCAUGUCAGCACUAGCCGAAACUACGUGUGUAGUUUGCAACAUUCGAAUUUCAGACGAAACUAAAGCUCUGAUCAUGGGCUCCCAGUUAUCGAAUUUACAGUACAUAAAUGAAGGCACCGUAACUGCUGUUAAUACUGAUGGUAUACAAACGACUGAUCAUGCUCAAACUUCCAAAUCACCAUCGUUUUAUUGUGAAAACAAUAUUAUUUUAUAUACUAGUGGCUUAUUUCAACAGAACAAGAAGAAUAUGUGCACACUCUGUCAAAAAUGCCAUGAUGCUUUAUCGAAAAAACACAUUCCUAAAUUUUCUGUUGCCAAUGGUAUGUGGUUUGGCGACAUUCCUGCUGAAUUACAAGGCCUAACAAUUCCAGAAGAAAAGCUAAUAUCACUUUAUCGUCACAAUAGUUGUAUAAUAAAACUUCAAUCACCUUUUCAUUCAGCUACAACUUCACAAACAGCUUUAAAAGGCAACUGUAUUACUUUUCUGCAAAAUGUACCGGACAUUGUCAACAGUCUACCACUUAAACUCAAUGAUCUAUGUGAUACGAUAAAAGUCAUUUUUGUUGGCUCUCUUCCUCCUCAACGUAUUCAUCUUAGAGAAAUUUUAACAGUGCGAAAGAAAAAAGUUAUUCAGGCUUUGCAAUGGUUGAAGAAAUAUAAUAUUCUCUAUCAGAAUAUUGAGAUAAAUCUUGAGAAUAUUGCUCAACUACCUGAAGACGACAUACCAGAAUCUAUUAUGUCAACAAUGGAGCAAAAGAUAAGUGAUGAAGAAAUUCAGUCUGAAAGAGUUGGCUAUGUUCCUGAUCCACUAUCUAAUUUAACUGAUUACACAAGCUCAGAUACUAUUCCCAUACAGAACAGUAGUGUUCUCGACGUCAAUGGCUCUUUGGUGUCUUCAGAUGAAAUUGCAAAUUAUGUUUUGCAAAAAAUGAAAAAUAACAAAACACACCAACAAAUGAACAGUGAAAGAGUUCAUUUAAUUCCUCAUUCUUCAAAACCUGUUAAUGAGUAUUAUAAUCCAAAAUUAUUGGUGGGUUUGUAUCCUACUCUGUUCUGUUAUGGACGUGGUGCGCCUGACGAUCAAUCACGUCCUGUUAAAACGAAUUUACGAGAACAUAUACGCUACCUAUUAUCCUACAAUGAUCGACGUUUUGAAACGAAUCACAGCUUUAUAUUUGUGGUCUUCAAUAUAUUGCAACGAUGUAAUGCUUGUUUUCAUGCUCAAUUGAUCACAACGAAACCUUACUUUCGAGAAUCAGCCCAGGAUAUCCGGACUUUAAACAGUAAAGACAUCGAAACCGCUCUCGAGAAUAUUUCCAAAAAAACAUAUAACUCAGAAUCAAACAGUGCAUUAAACAAAUUAUUAAAUCAUAUUAAAACCAUCGGUGGUCGAGUUAUGGCCUCAGCAUAUUCACGCACGGCCUUACGAACUCGCAUUCAUUCGUUAAUAUAUAAUCAAUGUCUACCUAACAUCUUUAUGACAUUAAAUCCAGCCGAUAUUCAUAGUCCCAUCGCACUAUAUUUUGAGGGUGUCAAGCUUGAUUUGGACAACAUUCAAAUGGAACAAUUGCUCAAUACUUACAAAAGAGCUGAAAUAAUAGCAUCUCAUCCUGUAGCUACCGCCAAAUUUUUUCAUUUAUUAAUCACCAAUAUCUUAGAGACUAUAAUUGUUGACGGUGUUCUUGGGCCAAUAAAAGCUUAUUUCGGUACUGUUGAAAGUCAAGGACGAGGUUCUCUUCAUCUACAUCUUAUUAUUUGGCUUGAUCAUGACAUGAAACCGGCUGAUAUGAAAGAACAAGUUCAAAAUUCUACUUUUCGUGAGAAGUUGACAGCGUAUCUAGAAGAUAUUAUCAAAGAAGAUCUAGAUGAAUUCAAAGACAAAUAUGUCUUCGAGAAUUCAGAUGCAUCAAGGUCAUUCAAUACUGCAACGCAAUUAUCAAGAGAUAACAUUUAUGCAGCUUUACGUACUAUUGAUUUGGCAGGUUUAGAAGAAAAUACAAAUGAACAUGGUAUUCAAUCGACACCGACGAAAGAACGAUCUUCUCCAUCAAUUCCUUAUGCUUCUCCACCAAAUCUUUAUGGCUCUCCACCAAAUCUUCAUGGUUCUCCAUCAAUUUCUUAUGCUUCUCCACCAAAUCUUUAUGGUUCUCCAUCAAUUCCCUAUGCUUCUCCACCAAAUCUUCAUGGUUCUCCAUCAACAUCUAAUGGUUCUUCAUCACGACAUACAUCUUUACAAACACCUACACAUGGUCGAUCGAAAUCCGUCGAUAAUGUUUUACAUAAACAAUCAAACGUAAUUCCAGCUUGCUUACCUACUCCAAAUCCAUCGUCACCAAAUUUUGCAUCACGAUUUCGAGCAGAUGUAGUACGAGUCGUCGAAGCAAGCAACAUUCAUAAUCAUACUGACACAUGCUACAAGUACUGCAAUAUUAAUAAAGGUCUAAAGAAAAUUUGUCGAAUGCGUAUGCCACGCAAAUUAGUAGCAGUUUCGACAAUUGAUCCAGAGACUGGUCAUAUUUCUAUGCGACGAUCGCAUCCAAUGAUAAAUAAUUUGAAUGAAUAUAUUAUAUCGGCAUGUCGUUCCAAUAUGGAUAUUAAAUUUAUUUGGACUGGUAGUGAUGCCAAGGCUCUUGUAUAUUAUAUCACCGAUUAUGUCACAAAAAUGAGUCUAUCUUUUCAUGAUACAUUUGCUCUUGUACAAAAAGGCAUUACGUCGAUGAAUAAUUCAUUUCAUCAGUCAGAAAACGAAAGUCCAAUCGAGAAAUCACGUAAGCUCGUCUUACGGUGUUACAAUACACUUGCUUCUCAACAAGAGCUAUCCGGAGCUCAAGUUGCUUCUUAUCUUAUGAACUGGGAGGAUCAUUAUACAACGCACAAAUUUCAAGGCCUCUAUCUAAUUCAAACUGAACUGUUUUUACAAAGUGAAUUGAACGAAAUACGUACCAAACAGAAGUCGACAUUUACGGUGCAUGUACCUAAAAAACAAAACGAUAAUCGAAAAGGUCGACGUCCAAAUGAACGCUAUGCUUUUCAGAAACAGCAUCCACAGGCGACAACAUAUGUAACGAUGAAAUAUACUCAAUCUCGUGUACCUAUUCGUUACGGUCCUCAAAUUCCUCAACAAGAUCGUGAUGACACACGAGAACGGUACUGUCGAGCUCUUCUAACACUUUUUGUGCCCUGGCGUUCCGUAGCUGAUCUUUGUGCCAUCGAGCAGACAUGGGAAGAUGCAUUUAAAUCUCGACAGCAUCUUAUAUCUACACAUUCUAUGACAAUCAUAGAAAAUAUUCAACUUUUACACGAAUGCAAAAAGGAUCGUGAUGAACAUUUACUUCAAGUUAUUGCCGAAGCUCAAACUGAUGAUGAUGUGAUUGAUCCUGUAUUUUUACCAGCAAAUCAAGAUAUUUAUGGUGACGAUGGAGUCGACGACAGUGAAGAUUUACUUGAGUUACUCGGUAGUUUAGAUGAAUAUACUACGACUGCGAUGAAUUCCAUCAAAAAGUCAACAGAAAGCAAAUACAUUGAAGAAACUAUUCAAGUGGUUGAAAACGUUGGACGAUUUUCUGAUAUACAAUCACAUACUCGUCAUCUUUUUAAUGAAGCUGUUGGUGGUAUGGAUCAACAAAUUGUGCCGUUCGUUUCAGCUACACCUACUCUCGUUCGACUCAAUACAAAAUGGCAAGAACAACUAAAGACUGAGAAAGAAAGAGUUAGACGAAGUUUAAUUACGGGCAAAUACGACAAAACGAACGAUACAUUAGAUUAUGAUAGUAUACAGGAUGCACUUGUAACUAUGGUCAAUUCAAAUAAUUAUAACAUAGAUAUAUUUGAUAAUUACACUCAAAUUCUUCCAGUUGCGUCAGUCAUUACCACAAGCUAUUCUACUCAGCAAAGUAUUAUUGAAGAAUAUACAUUGAAUAAAGAACAACAAGCUGCAUUUAUGGUAAUAACCAAUCAUCUUGAUGGUGACAAAGAACGUCAUAAAGGUAUUUUAAUGAUCUAUACGUAUAAUAAUAAAUCAAAAUAA